CCCUAGCGCCAAAGGCGUAUCGCCAAAGGCGGAUUAUGCGCCUUGCAGCAAACGGCCCGUCUGUCCCUCUAUCUCUUCUCUCUGUCUGGUGGUGAUGUGCGUCUUGUGCGUGGGUGUUUUUUUUGUCCGUCACUUCCUCCGUCUUUCUUCUCUGUACUGCUGGAGAGAUCUUCAUCAUCUUUUCCUUUUUCCUUCUCCUCCUUCCAUUUGUUCUACAACUCCUCCUGAUGAUGGCCAUUGUUUUGUAUCGUACGUGAAAUUGUCAAGAUGAUAGUUUGAAGAACAAGGGCAAAGGCCGCACGGGGUUUGGAGGGUUUGGUUGGUCUUCUUGUCAUCGCGGUGAUCGAUGGCAACAGGAAGACAAGGCCGAGGCAGUGAAAAUUUUUAGGCAGGAGCUGUAGGAGCAAGCGAGAGGAGAAGGAGGUAGAAAGUGAACGACGAACGUACCUCGUACUUCGCGGUAGGGCAGGUCGCAAGAUCUCAGAUAUGCGAGUGAGAGCAUCAGGGAAGGGCAAGUGCUGGUGCGCAACUCAGGGCCGUCUGUGAGCUCGGGCGCUUCGAGCGGCCGAAGAUGAGGGUGAAAUUCGUGCAUUGUCAGGAACUUCGUUUUAUUUCGGACAAAGAAGAAUCCUCAUGAGGAGGAAUAGAGGGAACUGAAUUCUGCGGGUGCCUGUGGAUGGCGGUGAACGUUCGGGCUCGUAGGAAUUUUGAUGCCCGUCGGAUUUGCCAUUGACAGGCUCUUCUGUCUUCUGCGCUCGGUCGCUCUGUGGGCUAAACCCUUGUAAAGCCCUUGUUUUUUUUCGAGCAUGGACAGAAAGAUGACGGACUCUGAAGCUGAGUCGAAUGAGGUGGUCGCUAAGGUGGAGUGUUCGAGCGCUCUCACCGCUAAUGGGGAUGAUUCUAACGCAACAGCAGUGGUUUCACCUCCUAUACAAGCAUUGCAUUUACCAAGAACUCUGAACCUCUUGCGUUUUCGUAUGUCACCUGAUCAAGUUCUAGGCUUUAAGGUUCCACGUUUUAGCAGCAAGAACCCUCCUCCCGCUCGAAAGCCAGAACCUGUGAUUUUGACAAAACCUCCUUCGAAUGACGCAGCUUGUCGAGGGGCUCAAAAAUAUGGAGGAGACCUUGAAUGAAAGUAUACGGGAGUCUAUAAGUGGUAGGUCUGGGACAAAACGAGGAGGAAAGAAGUCCCUCAAGAAUGAAGACGAGGACUAAGAUCUCAGUGACGACGAGUUCUACGAUUGUGCGAGCAAAUUGAAUGCACGCAAAAAGAAGGAAGUUAGUCAAGUAGUAGAGACUGCAGAAACGCUUCUCGACAAGAAGUCAUAUCUUAUUAAAAAGAUCAAAAGUGUUUGAUUGUUGAUGAAAGCGGCGGAGAGGAGGCAGGAGGACCCUCUUAUUUCUUGAUCUUGGUCAAGGUUUUGGAGCUUGAUGGUAGUUUCACUAUAUGCGAUUCUUGGCAAUUUGUGGCACCAUUCUUUCGGGGUAGUAGUGCUCGCGGUGUUCCAUCUUUCCGUUGCUUCAUCUUCCUAUCAUCUUUGGAUUUUUCAGGCGCAUGCUUGCUCUGCAGUAUUAGCUACUUUUCAUCAUCCUUUGUGACACUGCGCUAUUUUCCUUUCUUUUGUUAGUUGCUUGAGUUUCGGAUGCGAGCGCUUGCAUCUUUGAUUACAUCUUAGCCUCUUUAUUUGACACAAUCAAUUUGAAAGCGUGGCUCUGGUAGAGAAGGAGGAUACACAUGUCAAUCUCAAUCGAUCUCUCAUUGCCUACCACGGAGAAGUCUAGCAAAUGGACGCUGACGGACCGCAUGAAUACUGGGAGGAAAUAGCUAUCACUACAUCCGAGUCAGCUUCCGGAGAAGUGGGUAUUCAUAACCUAACGGGAGGGCCUCCCCGAAGGGCCGAAUUUUCUUCCACACAGUGCAACAUGUGGAGCAAGAGAUUAAUCUUUAGAGAUGAAUGCGUAGCAGCUCGUAGGGAAGGGGGUCUGUAGCUCAAACCUUCAUCUUGCAAUGGACGAGGUUGCAUCAAGCAGGUACGGGAGUUAGUUAAGGUACAGAACGGGUUGAGAAUAUGAGACGCGGGGGCUAAAAUGAGUUCUUUUUAUGAAACUUGACCGGUUUUGCCCUAGGGUGGAGUAGCAGGUUGCAGGAGGUGAAAGUUCAACCUUGCUUGGAAUACGGAACGUGGAAACAAGGACUCGAGUUUGAAAGUCACUAGGGUAGGGUGGACGGUGAUGUGAUGAUUCCUGCUGAAAAAUUAGCUGAAAGUAACCUUCGGUCUGUUUACUACUCAACCGAGGUUUUUGAAAUACAUCCAUGUCUAGCUCCUCUAAGAAAAAGUGGCUUAUGUUAGAGACGGGAUCUGAAGAGGUGUCCAUUUCAUGGUCCUAUAAUACCUCGCAAUUCAUCUGGGAAUUCGCUCCAUGAGAAGGAGCAGAGUUUUGAGGGCAAAUCCAGUGCCAAGAAGGACGAGAACACAGAUGAUGUUGUUGUUGCCACUGAGAACGGACUGCUUUCUGUGUUAGUAGAUCCCAAGGAUGGAAUUGCUCAAGAAGACCUUGCUAAACAAGCAAUAGCAAAUGUUAGACAAAAAGAUGAAGAAUCCAGAAAGAAGAUCGUCAAGGAGAAGGCAAGCCUGAUGCAGGUGGAGGACAGGAUAAACAAAUUGUCUUUUGUGUGGAUGGGGCACGACCAGGAAGGGAUUACCGCAGCUGGCAGUAGUAGUGCCCACGUGAUCAGUUCGGAUACCGAGCACAAGGGGGCGAGGAUGGUGAUGAAGGAGGGUUAAAUACUGUGCAUGGUGACAUGAAAGAUGGUGAAAUGCGGGUGGACCUUACCAACGAGUUGUUGCACAAAGUGUUUUCGUGCCUUGAUGACACCACACUAUGUCAAGCAGCCAUGAUCUGUAAGCAGUGGCGGGUGGCCAGUAAUCAUGACUUUUGGAAGUCACUAAACUUUGAAUAUCGCUCUGUCAGCCACGAACAAGUUGAUCGCCUUCGUGUCAGCACAAGAGUGCGCUCCUUUAUAGCACUUGAGCAUCACGGAUGCAGUAUUGGAUAACGGUGGUGCCCAAGAAAUCCAACUUCGUCAUGAUUUUAGUUGGUCACUUGUAGAAGAUAGGAUUUAAGCCGGGGAUUUUCUCAUGGCAAGUGCCUCUUUUUGUACUCCGUUUUGAGAUUUGCAAUUGAAAACAUACCUGUAGCUUUGAUGUGUGGAACGGUUGUCAAAACAGGCCCAAGUACUGUUGUCUUCAGUAGAUCUUUGGGAAGAGUGUUGAAUAGUAUGAGAAUCUGAAGAGCGCCCGGAGUGAGUGGAAAGGUGUCAAGCAUAGAGUGUUGACGGUUUCCAACGUCUGGAAGGAGUCUAGAUGGGAGGGUAGCUUAUACUUACGGCAGCAUGGAAUGGUAGUCUUAAGGACACGGACGUCAUAUGUACACCGGACUCCUGGAUAGAGCCGGUCGCUUCCAAAUGAUAGGAUUAAAGACAGGUUACUAACUGCGAAC